UUACAAUUUAAAAACUGAUAAAAAAAAAAGAAAAAAUACUUUAAGAGGCGGAUGAGGAAAUCUUUGUAAAGUUAUAAAUAAAUUAUGUAGACACGUCCGCUGUAGUGUAACUCUCUUUUUUUCUAUCAGGAAAAAAAAAAAAAAAACUCUUUCCUACAUCCUUCAGUUGUGAUUUUGUAAUUUUUAAAGGAAUAGAUGAAUCAAAUUGUUGUAGAAGAUCAAGUCUCGGUGACUAUUGGUGAUGACCAAAUACCAUGUGCUACGUCCGGAAGCAACGAGAUUGAUUCAGAUGGUUUAGAGUUUGUUGUCAAAAACGGUUUGGCUAAGAUACAAGAAUCAAGCUUGGAAGAUUUCAUCAUCAGAACAAGCUUUUUUUCAGGCAUGGGACAAAACUCGGGUUUGGCUAAGAAAACAAAAAUCGUGGCAAUUCAUAAGAAUUUAAACUCUAGUUGGUCAGGGAAAGCUCGGGCACAAAGCUUUCAGGUUUUCUCCAAGGCGGUGGCUGACAAGUGUGGUGGUGAUGCCAAUGUCAAGUAUGCUUGGUAUGGUGCUGCCAGUGAUGAGAUUUCCGACAUUGUGAUGCAUGGAUUUAGUUGGUGUCUUAAGGCCGAUGGCAAUCGAGAUUGUUCUAGACAUAGUAUAUCUUUGUCUCCUGCAAAGUUUUCCUUCGACAGUGUGUUGUCUUCAGAGGUUGAUGAAAAUGGAUUGGGGCUUUUGUUGUUAUGCCGCGUUAUAUUGGGAAAGCAGGAAGUGGUGACCGCCGAUUCUAACCAGUUUCAUCCAAGUUCCCCAGAGUUCGAUUCCAGUGUAGACGAUCUUUCAGCGCCCAGAAAAUAUAUCGUUUGGAGUCCUUAUAUGAAUUCUCACAUCCUCCCUUGUUACAUCAUCAGUUUUGAGGCCCCUUACUUAAGAGGCUCCAAAGGAUUAGUAGAGGCAAAUACCAUCAAGCCUAGAUCGCCAUGGAUGAGGUUUCCCACAUUGAUUUCCAUGCUCUCAAGGUUUUUAGGUCCUUCAGAAAUGGCUUCCCUUAACAAACAGUACAGAGAUUUUCGAGAAAAAAGGAUUUCCAGGCCGCAACUGAUACAAAGAGUGAAAGAAAUAGCUGGAAACCAGUUGUUAGCUGCUGUAGUCAGCUUGUACUCAAACAAGAUCAUGUAUAUUCCUUUGGGCUUCAACAACUUGCUCUGCAAGAUUGAAUUAUUGCAAAUACAUGGAGUUCUAGCGAGUGGGCGUCCAGAACUUACGUAUAAUAAUAGCAUAUCCCAAUUUGAAGUCGUCAUUCACUUUCUUGUCUCUUUUGAAGGAUUGAUGGUCCAGCAAAGUCUUUGACAACUUUAACUUCUUUAAUUGUCGAUGUGUGCAGGAGUUAGCAGCAGCAAAAGGCGGUUGAUGCAGUUAGUUCGAUGAUGGAUAGAAUUUGGAAGCUUUAGUGACUUCUUGUCAAUGGAGGCUUCAGUCUUACGAUUUAAACAACAGAAUCAAAUAGGUUAUUUAUUGUCAAUCUAUCGUUUUAAUAUAAGGUUAUACUUGUAAUCUUCUUCAAUUCUAUAAAAAAAAAUUGAUGUAGAAAGUUUGGAAAUUCGACUGUUCUAUGAUAUCAGCUCUUACUGGGGUCA